UGAGCACAUGGUCACUUCCGGGCUGACCGUCGCUUCCGUAACGUUCAGUUUGACUGAAGUAUUUCUAACAGAGGGAGUUAACGCGUUCACAGGUCUGAGUCGGUUUUAGUUCAGUUUCCUGGAGAGUUUCUAACACUUCCUGUCCGCGGAAACACUUCUUACCUUAACAAACUUUACUUCCGGUGAAGUUUGUUGUGUAGCUCUGUUAGCAUGGAUGCUAGUGGGGACACAGCUGUCCUGAAGCCCGGUGAGGAAGAGCAGCAUGAAACCCAAGCAGGAGAAGAGGAGGACCUGGACCAGGAGUUAGCUAAAAUGACCGUUGAAGACCUGAUCCAGAAGGUCCAGUUGGUUCAGACGGACGGUACCGUGGACUCUGGCACCAACACGCAGCCGGACUGGGAGGAGCAGGUGUCGGCCAUGUUUGAGUGCAGCUCCAAGCUGAUGGAGGAGUACAGCCGGCUGCUGAAGAAGCAGGAGGAGGAGGAGGAGGAGCACGUGAAACACAAGCAGCAGCUGCAGAGGAUGAAGGAGGAGGCGCUCCGCCAGCAGCAGGCUCAGCUGGAAAAAAUCGACUCGCUGAAAGUGAAGCUGCAGCUCAACAACUCCAAGACCACCAGGAAGAACUUCCUGAGCAAGAAACAGGAAGUGACCUCAGAGAGGAGCCGAGCAGAGGAGGAGAGGAACAGGCUGCUCAGGGAGCUGGAGGAGAGCGACAGGAAGCUGCGUACGCUCAGCGAGCAGCACAGCGAGGAGCAGCGGAGGAGCGGGGAGGAGCUGGAGGAGCUGAGGCGGGAGAUGCAGCGCGUGACGAAGGAGGCGCAGGAGGCGCAGCUGCAGGCGCUGCGUGAUGAGGUCACCGCCGUGGAGAAGCAGCGAGACGCAGCCGUGUCCCACAUCGAGGCCUGGCUCCGAGAGGUGUCUCAGUACCUGCACGCUCUCAGGGAGGAGUUCCCGCAGCAGUACCAAACGGACCGGGCCAAGUGGGAGAGAAACGAAGGUUUGGUCCGGAAGAACAAGGCGGAGCUCCAGAACCGGUUCCGGGAGGUUCUGCAGCAGCUCCAUCAGGGUCGGGAGCUGGAGGCCCUGCCCAGGAUCAACAUGCCGGUUCUGCCCCAGGUGCCCAUGGCUGAUCUCAGGCUCAGACAGGUGAUGAAGUCGCUGGCUCCGCCCCCACUUCCUGUACACCCCGCCCACCAGCCCCUCCCUCCACAGAGACUCCCACACUUCUUCCCACCCCACCUCCGUCAGCC